AUGAGGAUUGAAGGCAACACCGAGACAGAGAAACCCGGAGAUAAGCCAUUCGAAAUUCCUGUUUCCUUCAAUUUCCUUGACCAAAUGUUUUACCAUCGCUUUCGUACCUCCAAUGAGUUGUGUUCUGCAGGAUUGUUUACUCCAGACCCCCAUGUAUCGAACAAAAAGCAUCGCAAAAUGAAAUGCAACUUUUGUAAUUCGGUCAUGUGCGGAUGGAAGGACAAAUUUUGCCGGCAUCUUGAUCGUUGUGAACGUGCUCAAGAUUAUUUUGCUCAACAUCCGAUCAACACCGAGUUUGAGGUAAUGCAGCGAAAAAACAAGCGUAUGGCUCAGUCUUCAAAUUUGUUACUUCCGGAUCAAAAACGUGUGCAGCAAGAAAGCCUUGUUUCUUUCGAAUAUGAUGACUAUUUGGUCAUGCUCGCAGCAGGGUUUGUCUGCUCUUCGACCGUCACAAAAAAUAUCUUCGACAAUGAUUUUCUCAAGAAUCUGUGCUUCACAUUGCACUGGCAAGCGCCUUCGCUCUAUGUGAUCCAAAAGAAAAUCGCAGAAAUCAGCAAUCGGCUCUCUGAAACCUCUUUAGAAUACAUUCGUCAGCAAUCUGCGAUCACUCUAAUCGUUUAUCCUUGGGUAGACAUCAACAAGCGAAGCUCUCUUUCGUUCGUUGCUUGCACGCCUUCCAACCAGCUUCUCUUUCUCUCCCACACCACCAGCAAAGCCGAUAAUUGGAACCAGUUCUUCAUCAUAGAGCAGAUUCAACAGGUCGUCAGUCUGCUUCGCAGCCAGAAUGUCAACGUCUCGCAGUUUUAUCUCGACGACUGCUUGCUGUUUGACCAGAUCAAAGAAGUUUUGGUGUUGGAUCCACAGGUUGGUCAUUUCCCGAUUCUUGGAAACACGAUCGAAUGGUGUCAAGAUUUGCUAAACACCCUUUUCUCCUUUCCCCUUUUAAUGGGCAUCAAGCAAAGCGUACAUUUACGCGUUCAUUCUGUUGGCUUAGGCGAUGGCGGUCUAUACGAGCUUUCUAAAAAACGCUUCCCUCACCGAAUUAUUCAAAGACUUCCUUCUUUGAGAGUUAGAGACAUCAAACUGCCGUCUGUGAGCGAGGACCAAUGGAGUUCGAUCUUCAACGCGUUCGAAUUCGAGAUCGCUUCGUUUCAGGUGUUCGUGGCGGCUCGCCAAGCGGGCAUCAACUCGGGACAAAUCAUCGGACAGAACCCGCUGUUGUCCUUCAAUCUAAACGCAGAAUGGCUGGAAUCACUAACCGAAGCGACUUCUCUCUUUCGACGAAUCGCCAGCUGUACGAGCAGCCAAUCCCCCAAAGCAUUGGAUCUGUUCUUUGUCUACCAAUCGCUGGUAGAGAGCUUGAACGCGGUCAAGCAAAGCUCAUUUGGGAGCGACUUCAUCACACACUGCACUGACGCCAUUUCGCACUUUCUCACUCGCUAUUUCAAUCACGAUUUGAUUUCGCUUUACUAUUAUCUUCUGCAUGAUAAAGCGCCGUCGCAGAGCGAGUCGACGGCCGAAUCGUCUUGCUAUUCUCGCGAGUCUGCUUUGAAAGCGCUCGAUAAACUGAAAGCAACUGGAGUCGAGUCGACGCAGCUGCAAGCAGAAUUCGAUUUGUUUUGUAGAAACGAAGAUCCUAUCUUUGGAACGAUGCCUCUGGUUGAGUAUUGGACGACUGUGGGGAAGUUUCAAUACCCAACUCUCAGCUCGAUAGCGCUGAUGUUUCUUUCGUAUCCUGCCACGCAGGCUGCAAUGGAAUUAUGGACAAAUAUGAAGUCUAUUAUACACUUCCAUGUCCGGAGCAGGAAGGAAACGGAGGUGACUUCCAAAGUGAGUGAUGAGAUGAUGAUUAGCUGCAAUCGCCAUUUGUUAAUACGAUGGGAUCUUGAUUUUCAGUAG